CUUCUGCGCCAUAAUUGCUUUACUCUUUUCGGUUUCAUUCUCUAUUUUAAUUGUGGACACAGCUAACAAUAAAUUUCUUUUUCUAGCUAAGCACGGCUCCUCAGAUCUGUUUUCCUCCAUAUAAUUAAUUAAUUUCCCACAAUUCAGUAUUAUAUCUGCUUUAGAUAUAUUUCUGUGCCAAUUUUUAAGAAAUAUUUAGAUUUAGGCUUUGGUUUUUUUGGUUUCUUAAUUUCCCCAUCCCUAUAUUUGUGUAAAAGUACCUCUUUUCUCUGUUGAGAAUCUGGGUUUCCCUCAAAACCCAUUUGGGAAUUGGCCUCGAUAUCAAUUAUUAAUGAAAGUUGGGCACUGUGUCUAUUGAAGAUAGUUUAUGUGUUGACAUGUUUGGUUGCUGAGAAAAGAUAAGGUUGCAUUUAUCAUGGAAUUUUAGUUCUAAAAUUGGUUUUAGCUUUGCGCGGUGAUUAGUGAUCAAUAUUUAUAUGCAACUUAAAUAGGAUAUGUUCAAGUAAUUUGUGACUAUGUAAAUAGGAUCAAAUUGUGUUAUAUGCAACUUAAUUAUAUUGGGAUUUUAAGAAUUUAAAUUGUGCUUACUUCAUGUCCACUCUUCUGUUCUGAACUUUUAGACGGAGUUACCAUAUUUAAAGAGCUUUCUACUUGAUUAGGUAGGCAGAAUGGACUACCAUGGUUAUGGUGGUAGACAAGAAACAGGUUCCCGGGACAAGCGGCACUAUGAGAAAGAGCAGGCAUAUCAGGAAUCUCUUAUAGAAGAUUUCGCUGAUGAAUUUCGAAUGCCAAUUAACCAAAGGCCAACAGAAAAUGUUGAUCUGGACAAUGUGGAACAAGCAUCACUGGAUACACAUUUGAAUUCAUCUAAUGUGGGAUAUAGACUUCUGCAGAAAAUGGGGUGGAAAGGAAAAGGUCUCGGGAAGGAUGAGCAGGGAAUCGUUGAACCAAUUAGAUCUGGGAUAAGAGAUCCCAAAUUAGGGGUGGGAAAACAAGAAGAGGAUGACUACUUUACUUCUGAAGAAAAUAUUCAGCGGAAAAAGCUUGAUGUUGAGCUAGAAGAGUCUGAGGAGCAUGCAAAGAAGCGGGAGGUUCUAGCAGAACGUGAGCAGAAAAUUCAAACCGAGGUGAAAGAAAUACGCAAGGUUUUCUUUUGCGAUCUUUGCAACAAACAAUACAAAUUGGCCAUGGAAUUUGAAGCCCAUCUUAGCUCAUAUGAUCACAAUCACAGAAAGCGUUUUAAAGAGAUGAGAGAGAUGCAUGGUACAAGCAGCCGGGAUGAUCGCCAAAAACGAGAACAGCAGCGUCAAGAAAGGGAGAUGGCCAAGUUUGCCCAACUGGCUGAAGCUGAUGCCCGUAAGCAGCAGCAGCUACAACAGCAACAAGAGGAAUCUAGGGCUGCUGCAGUAGCCUCUGAACUAAAAAGUGCAUCUGUGGUUGCAGACCAAGAUCAACGGAAGACUUUAAAAUUUGGGUUUUCUUCCAAAGGUGGCACUUCUAAGAUGUCAUUUGGCAGUGCUGCAAGGAAGCCAAAAUCAGCUGUUGCCUCAGUUUUUGGGAACGAUAGUGAUGAAGAAAAGUAAGAGUGCCUUUUGCAACUGUGUAACGCUUUUGCCAAACUGGAUUGUACUUUAUGCUCGGUGUAUUUUAUUAAGUUGUGAAAAUUAUGGUUUGCCCUUGAAUAUUGGAUUUUUUUAUUUUGAACAA